GAGCGUGCGCGCGGCCCGCCCCGGGCGCGGGCGGAGGGAGGAGGAGGCGGUGCGCGCGGCGCCCAGCCCGCAGAAGCCGGCGGCCGCGCAGGAGGACGGAUCCCCAGCAGCUACCCGCGCCGCGCUGCGCCGCGCCGAUUUGAUUUGUAUCCACUGUCACCAGCACUGCUCACUUAGGACUUUCUGGAUCCAGACCCAGGCAGCGCACACUGGACUGUUGAAGAAGGAGACUGUAAUUUUGGAUUCCUUGGUGGAGGAAAAUAAAACACUCUGGUCUUGCCCCCAACGAUGCAAGUGUGACUGCUGGUGUCUUCAUGAGCUCCAGAGGUCACAGCACGCUACCAAGGACUCUCAUGGCCCCUCGGAUGAUUUCCGAGGGAGACAUAGGAGGCAUUGCUCAAAUCACCUCCUCUCUAUUCCUGGGCAGAGGCAGUGUGGCCUCCAAUCGGCACCUCCUCCAGGCUCGUGGCAUCACCUGCAUUGUUAAUGCUACCAUUGAGAUCCCUAAUUUCAACUGGCCCCAAUUUGAGUAUGUUAAAGUGCCUCUGGCUGACAUGCCGCACGCCCCCAUUGGACUGUACUUUGACACCGUGGCUGACAAGAUCCACAGUGUGAGCAGGAAGCACGGGGCCACCUUGGUGCACUGUGCUGCAGGGGUGAGCCGCUCAGCCACGCUGUGUAUCGCGUACCUGAUGAAAUUCCACAACGUGUGCCUGCUGGAGGCGUACAACUGGGUGAAAGCCCGGCGACCUGUCAUCAGGCCCAACGUAGGCUUCUGGAGGCAACUGAUAGACUACGAGCGCCAGCUCUUUGGGAAGUCGACAGUUAAAAUGGUACAGACACCUUAUGGCAUAGUUCCCGACGUCUAUGAGAAGGAGUCCCGACACCUGAUGCCUUACUGGGGGAUUUAGUGCCACCGAAGUCUGCGUCAGCAGCCCGAGCGGGGCCGGCAUCUGCUCCCCGCCGUCUGCUCCCUCUCCACUCUCUUCUCAAAUGGCUGACUUCUGGUUCUCCCUCAAGUGUUUUUUACACUGGGUGUUCAAAUUUAUUUUAAGAGAUAGGGAGGGAGGGGACAUAAAGGGAAUGCAUACAUUGCUAGUCACAUUUUUAAAAUUAACAUUUUGGAAUAGUGUUUAUGAAAAUCUUUAGCUUUUAAUCAUUUUUACCAAUUUGAACAGUUUAAUAAACUGGUUCUGCUCUCUUCUGAAUCUCAUGCCUUUGGCACCUUGGUAGGUGCAGGAGGAGCUCAGUGCAAAAAUCACUUUGGGGCCUCAUUAACCCUUUAGAGACAAACUUUGCCCCAGGCUGCUGACCAGACAGAUGCUUAGGGAAGGUUGAUACCAGCUUCAGUCUCUACUGGAUUAGCCCUACUCUUUCCUUUCCCCUCUAUUAUUUAGUGACUCUGUAAGUUAAAAUAAAUACACCCUUAUUAUUUAGCUGUUAAGUAACUAUAAUGAAAUCUGCUGCAAAAACUCUCUUGGAAUCCAUGUGCCCAGGAUUAUAUUAUUAGCAUUAUUUUUAAUAAAUCUAUAUGCUUAACAUAUUA